CUCGGGCUCGCUUCCGCACUGCUGCUUACUGUGUGCUCUCUCUCUCUCCCUCCUCUCCCCAUCCCCUUCUCCGAGCGGCUCGAAGCUUCUGGCGCCCGGAAUGGCGCCUGCCGAUCGGAGUCCAAUCUGAGCCUGAGCGCUCCCGAAUCGUUCCUUCCCGUCCCGAUCUUCCAGAAUCCCGAAGAAAUCGGUGUUGGAAUGGCGGCCCGCGCGCCGAUCGGGCUGGUGCCGCUGGAUUCCAUGGUGCUUUGGCCUGGGGGGUCGGGAGAGCUUCGUCUCCUGUGACUGAGCCCUUCUUCUCGUGCUAGUUGGUGCGGGGUUGGAUCGUGCAGAGCCGCCUUUACGCCGCGAGGAGGGUUUGUUGGAUGAUGAGCGCCAGCGCCGUGGCGAUGCGUGCGGAGAUGGGCGGCGGCGGUGGGGAGGGAGAGCUGGAGGACGAGCUUGACGCGCUGCUUAGUUCCGGCGCCGGUGGUCAGCGGCGGCGCCCGGUAGACGCGGGCGAAAGGGAGCGGGAGCGUGAACUCAGCAUGUUCAGGAGCGGGUCGGCGCCGCCGACCAUAGAGGGUUCCCUGAACGCCAUCAGCGGCCUGCUCCGCGGCGACGCGGAGGCUGCGGUGACGGCUGCCCCGAUUCCUGUUGCUGAGGCGUUGAAUGGGCAUGGUGGCCUCCUCUCGGAGGAGGAGCUCCGAGCCGACCCAGCCUACCUGUCGUACUACUACUCUCACGGAAAUCUGAACCCGCGGCUGCCGCCUCCGGUGCUGUCCAAGGAGGAUUGGCGGUCAACCCAGCGCCUGAAAGCUGGGGUGGUUGGGGGGAUUGGGGACAGGAGGAAGGUGGGGCAAGAGGACGCGGUACAGGGGACGGGGACUGCAGUGGGUAGGUCUCUAUUUCCGCAGCAUCCUGGUUCUGAGCAGGAGGAGGAAGCCAGGGUUGAUGGUGGUGGUGCUGCUGAGUGGGUGGAUGGUGGAGGGGAUGGGCUCAUUGGUUUAUCGCUCGGGCGGCAGCGUAGCUUCGCGGAUAUCCUGCAGGACAAUAUUGGGCGCAGAACACCUACUUCAGAGCAUCCCUCCCGUGCGGCCAGUCGCAAUUCUUUUCUUGACAAUCAAGAACCAGUGGAUUCUGCUGAGAACCAAUAUUCUGUGCAUACUGAUAUUUUGGAAGCUCAUCAUCCUGUUGGGAAUGUGCAAAAUGUCGGUGGUCGUCACAGUCUUAAUGCAUCCACAUCUCAGACGUUUGCAUCUAUUCUGGGUUCAUCUGUUUCCAGAAAUGCUACACCAGAUCCUCAUUAUGUUGCAAGGGUUCCUAGUCCUGGCCUUCCACCUGUUGGUGUUAGGAUUACUUCCAAUGAGAAGAAACUGAAUUGCUCCUCUUCGCCAUUCAACACUGUAUCCUCAAAAGCAGUUGGGGCUGAUGAUAUUUUAUCUGCAUUGUCAAGCAUGAACUUAUCAAAAGGUGGUACCUUGAAUGGUAAUAACAACAUCAGUCGAUCAAACUUUCAGAGAGGGACAAGUGAUCAGCAGAAAUUUUCUCUUGACUCACAAGCUGGAGCUGCCCAAGUCAAUAAUAAGCAGCAUCCUGUGAUGUUAGGAACUGAUGAUGAAUAUUUGGGUAUGCCAUCGAUGUCACAACCAUCUAAUACUUCUUUUGCUGACGUUAACAACAGCAUGGCUGGUUUAGCAGAGUUAAGAAAUAGUACCAACACAAGAUCAGAUGGACAUUUGGAAAUGCAAAGAUCUUCUACUUUAUCUGCUCGUUCAUAUCAGAAGUCCCCAUCAUCUUCUAAUGAAAGCCCGGGUGGUUCUCCUGCUCAACAUCAGAAUUUUGAUGGUAUAAAUUCAGCCUUUUUGAACUAUGGGCUUAGUGGAUAUCCACUCAGCCCAGGUUUGCCUUCUAUGAUGCCCCCUUUGUUUGAAAGUGCUGCUGCUGCAUCUGCUAUAGCUUCACUUGGUGCAGAUUCAAGAAACCUUGGAAACAAUAUUUUAGCUUCACCUACGUUGAGCCUAACAGAUGUUCAUAACCUUGGUCGAGGUGGUAAUCAAGCUCCCACAGGUCUUCAGUCUCCUCUUUCUGACCCGUUUUAUGUCCAGUACUUGAAGGCAACGCAGUAUGCAACACAGGGAGCUGGCAGCUAUGGUGAUCCUUCCUUGGAAAGAGGUUACAUGGGUAACUCAUAUGGUAAUUUAACUGCAGUUCAAAAAGCUUAUAUUGAAGCUUUGCUUCAGCAGCAGAAGCAAUAUGAAAUGCCACUUUUAGGUAAAUCAAACGCUUCAAAUCAUGGGUACUAUGGCAAUUUACCUUUUGGCAUGGGCAUGGCAUACCCAGGAAGCCCAUUGGGCAGUCCAGUUGCUUCUCCAUCUGGUCCUGGCAGUCCACUAAGGCUUGGUGAGCGGAAUCUGAGAUUUCCUUCUAACUUAAGAAACUUGGGUGGAUGGACCUCUGAUCCAAGUGGCUACAUGAAUGAGAACUUUCCAUCCUCACUUCUGGAUGAGUUUAAAAGUAACAAGGCGAGAAGUUUUGAGCUUGCUGAGAUCGCUGGGCAUGUGGUUGAGUUUAGUGCUGACCAAUAUGGAAGCCGUUUCAUACAGCAAAAGCUCGAAACCGCAACAGUCGAGGAAAAGAACAUGGUCUUCGAGGAGAUCAUGCCUCAUGCACUAUCAUUGAUGACUGAUGUAUUUGGAAAUUAUGUGGUACAGAAGUUUUUUGAGCAUGGAAGCGCAGAACAACGGAGGGAGUUGGCUGAUAAACUGUUUGGCCAUGUAUUAGCUCUCAGUCUUCAGAUGUAUGGAUGCCGAGUUAUCCAAAAGGCAAUAGAGGUGGUUGAUCUGGACCAGAAAACAAAGAUGGUUACCGAGCUUGAUGGUCAUAUCAUGAAAUGUGUACGUGAUCAAAAUGGAAACCAUGUCAUCCAGAAAUGUAUUGAACGUGUCCCAGAAGAUUCUAUUCAGUUUGUAAUAUCAACAUUCUAUGGUCAUGUUGUUCCAUUAUCCACCCACCCUUACGGCUGCAGAGUCAUUCAGAGAGUACUUGAACACUGUGCUGAUCCAAAAACACAGCAAAUAGUCAUGGAUGAGAUAUUGCAAUCUGUAUGCAUGUUGGCACAGGAUCAAUACGGAAACUAUGUUGUCCAGCAUGUUUUGGAGCACGGGAAGCCUCACGAAAGAUCCAUCAUUAUUGAAAAAUUAGCUGGACAGAUCAUUCAGAUGAGCCAACAGAAAUUUGCCUCGAAUGUUGUUGAGAAGUGUCUAACAUUCGGCGGACCUACAGAGCGAGAAGUUCUCAUAAAUGAAAUGCUUGGUACCACUGAUGAGAAUGAGCCUCUACAGGCCAUGAUGAAGGAUCAGUUUGGUAACUAUGUUGUACAGAAGGUACUUGAGACUUGUGAUGAUCAGCAACGUGAGUUGAUCCUGUCACGGGUAAAGGUCCACUUAAAUGCUCUGAAGAAAUAUACAUAUGGGAAGCACAUAGUUGCUCGUGUAGAGAAACUUGUUGCUGCUGGUGAGAGGAGGAUUGGACUUCAAUCACAAAAUCCUUCUUGAUGGUGCAAAAAUGACCAUGUACAGCUAACCAUGGCUAGACAGAUGUACCUUCUGCCUUCUGCUUUGGGCUGCUACAAGCCGAGCUUAAAAAUAAACAUGUUGUACUAAGAAGUCUGUACAUUUUGUAGUCUGAGCUUAUAGUUAUUCCAAGAUGAGGCUCAGACGUUUUAAUCUUACCUGAUGCUGCUGCAGAGAAGAUAGGCGUUCUGUAUAAGUUGUAGGUGUAAAGAGGUGGAGGAAAGUCUAUAUUUUGCGACGAGACUGUACAAAUCUGCAUCCUGCGAGAGUUAGCGUCCGCUUAGGAUAAGGUUUCAUUGCCCGCCGUGUUUAUCACUAAUGGAUGUUUGUAAUCCUGAGUAACUGAUGUAACAAUUCCAGCUUCUGAAACCAGAUGCGUGUUUUGUAUGGAAUUGCUCUUAUCGGGCGUAGUUUCUUGGGCUGGGUCAGAGAUAUGCAAUUUUUCGUAUUUCAUUAGCAGCUUCAUAAGGUGUCAUUUUCGUGCUGAAAGUGUUGAGCACGUCAACUAUCCCGCCCUUAAAUUGGUCCUGUUGAAUUGCUGGUUGGAAGUAGUAGUUGUAAAACUUUU